AUGUCAUCAUUAGAUUCAAGUUUUGUUAAGAAUAGUAGUUGGAAACCAGAUUUAUUCAAAGGUAAAGUCGUCUUUGUUACUGGAGGUGCUGGUACUAUCUGUAGAGUUCAAACUGAAGCAUUAGUAUUAUUAGGAGCAAAUGCUGCCAUUAUUGGAAGAAAUCAAGAGAAAACUGCUAAAGCAGCUCAAGAAAUGUCACAAUUAAGAUCAGAUGCCAAAGUUAUUGGUCUUGGUAAUGUUGAUGUUAGAGAUGUUCAAUCUUUAGUCAAAGCUGUUGAUGAAACUGUUAAACAAUUAGGUAGAAUUGAUUUUGUCAUUGCAGGAGCUGCUGGUAAUUUCCUUAGUGAUUUCAAUCAUUUAUCAUCAAACGCUUUCAAAUCAGUUAUUUCAAUCGAUUUAUUAGGUUCUUUUAACACUGUUAAAGCUACUUUUGAACAAUUAAGAAAGAAUAAAGGGGCUAUUAUUUUUGUUUCUGCUACUUUACAUUAUUAUGGUGUUCCAAUGCAAUCACAUGUUGGUGCCGCUAAAGCUGGGGUUGAUGCAUUAUCAAAUGCUUUAGCUGUUGAAUUGGGUCCAUUAGGUAUCAGAUCUAAUUGUAUUGCUCCAGGAGCAAUUGCUGGUACUGAAGGUAUGGAUAGAUUAGCUCCUCCUGAACAAAGAAAAAGUAUUAUCAGUAAAACUCCUUUACAAAGAUAUGGUAGUACUAGAGAUAUUGCUGAAGCUACGGUUUAUUUGUUUUCUCCUGCUUCCUCAUUUGUUACAGGUACUGUUCAAAUUGUUGAUGGAGGUUUAUGGCAUUUAGGUGGUAUGAUGGGUGAUUUUUAUCCAAAUGUUAUCAUUUCUGCUGGUGAAGAUGAUCCAAAAUUAUGA